ACACACACACACACACACAUAUACAUACACAGAAUGCUGGAAGGUGAAGAAGGAGGCAGGGAAGGAGAGGAUGAAGACAUGAUCGUGAAGAGAAGAGCUGACACUUAAAGCUGGGUAUACACACUAAUUUAUAUACUCACUCACACACACACACACACACACACAGAUACAGUAUGAAAUGGAGUCUUGGUUACACUCGUCUAUGUGACAUGAAGUCCAUUGCCAUGAGGACACUUGUACAGACAUAGACCUGUGUGUGAGCCCCAUCUGAGUUCUUUUACAAACACACACACACACACACACACACACACACGCACAAACACAGCAAGACAGAUGUGUGGCAAGAGAGACAAAGAAGCAUCUCACUACAAGGGACAGAAGACACUCCGAAACAGCCAUCGUUCUUUCUCCUAUGGGAAGAUGUCUCCCGUCCUACUGAUGGCGAUUUUGUCCAUGCUUUCUGAAUGUUUCGCCUCGAAGACAGUAGACACUUCCAGCUCUGAAAAUAUAUCAACAGAGUCGUUCCAAGAAGCAGUGUCAGAGAGGUGCAUUGUGGAUUCUGUGGCCCUUCGUAACCCUCCGUUUCAGACCUCAGAGACCGUAUUCCAGCUGGUGAAUGCUUCCUGCAGCUUCGACCAGGCUUUCCACUACUGCCAGAGCCACUUCAGCUCCCUCACCAUUCAGGGUCAGCAUGAGGAUGAAGAGGGCAUGAGGAAGGUUCUGGCUCAGUCCGGGAUGCACCGUCCGGUCUGGGUCAGAGACAGCAACAAACCCAACCCCACAUCCGCACAGAGUCUUUCCAAACAGAAUGUUGUCCUGUCAGGAUUGUCCUUCUCUGGCAGCUCUAAAGAUGGGUAUGCUCGAGUGGAGGCCUCAUUCCCACCACUGUCUGCUGUGAGCGUAUGCGUACGUGCCCAGUUCGCCCCGCACCAUGAAAAGGUGUCGACUCUGUUCUCAUACGCUGCACCCACCUUGACGAACGAAUUCCAGCUCCGCGGAUGCUUAGACAAGACCAAGAGGCAUGUCCUGCUGGCCCUCAUCAUCCACGGAAAGCACCACUCUUACAAAGCUUGGUUUCCCAACAAUGGUGACUGGCACCAGAUUUGCGUUACUUGGCGGAAAAGUGAUGGACUUUGGGAUAUUUAUGUGGACGGCGAAAAACGCGACUCAGCCUCAGACGAAAACUCAUCUCGGGAUAUCUACGGAAAUGGGAUAUUUAUUCUGGGACAGGACCAGGAUUCUUUUGGGGGGAAUUUCACUGAACCAUUUUUGGGGAACAUGACGGAUCUAAACAUUUGGAAUUCGUGGCUGGCCGAGGGACAGAUUCGGACACUGUUCACCUGUUCAUCUGCCUCAAAUCUGAGGCCGUUUUUCAGCUGGCAGGAGCGCAAUUUGACCCUCCACACUGUUGUGAAGGAGAUAUCAGGGAUGGUGCAAUGCCCUGGUUUGCUGCAGCAGAAACAGAAAGAGCAGGAUUCCUGCCGAGUUCUGAAUGACUUGAAUGGACCAAAAUACAUCACAACACCUUGCUCAAACACUCAUCCCUUCAUCUGCAAAAUCAGCAAAGACCGCUAUCUGAAGAAGAAAGAGCUGGAGGAGUCGUUGAUUUCGCACCCAAGUCCCUUCAUGCAAAACCUCAUGAAACAUGGCGUGACCACCAGCGAUAUCCUCGGCAUGCCUGAUGCAGAUGACACCUGGCCUGGAGUCUCUCAUCUGCUUAAUGUCUCUGAGUUUUAUCUGCGGGAGUCCCAGGGCCAACUGGAGAGCAGGGAUGUUCCAUCUCUGCUUGGGAUGCUGUCUCGAGUUGCCGAGCUGCCGACCACAGGCGACCAGGGCCACACGAAGGUACACGCACUCAGCCACAGCUUCAUCAGUCUGGCGGAUACGCUCAUGAAUGAGAAGAUCAUGGACAAAUGGCAGAACAUCAGUGAGGUUGUUAGUGGACCAAUGGUUGUGGUGCAGACCCUCGACCGCAUGGCGUCUAACCUCAGCCCGCUGCUCCUGGGGGGCACAGACCACGUGCAAAUAAACAGCAGCAAUAUUAGACUGCAGGUCAAACACAAGAACGUGUCUGAGAGUUCUCAUGGAGCAGAGUUCUGCAGUUUCGGCACAGCCGGUCCCACGGGUCUGGACUGCAUUUCUGUUCCACCUCAAAGCAUGCAGGAGCUCCACAAUGAGGGCUUCGGGAAAGUGACUCUGUUAAAUGCGUGGUACGGCUCCUUGAGGCCGCUUUUGAAUGGAGAGGAGAACAUCACGCUCAUCCCCAUCAGCACUGACACCUCUUUCAAAUAUAAAGGGACAGUCCUGGGCUCAUCGCUCAUUUCCAGCACAGUGAUGGCUGAUGGGAAGUUCGUCAGUCUGGGUGUGCAGUAUACACUCCGCCAUCACAAUCAGAGCACUUCAGGGAUUGUUCAUAAGCCGGUCUGUGCUUUUUGGGAUUUCGAGCUCCUGGCAGAGGAUAGAGGAGGAUGGUCAACUGAUGGCUGUGAGGUCAUUUCCUCACAAGAAGACAGGACUUCCUGUUACUGUAACCACACCACCAACUUUGCCUUGCUCCUGCAGAUUUAUGAGGUUCAGCACACCCCGGAGGAUGAGAGAGGUUUACAGAUCCUGAGCUUCGUCGGCUGUGGAGUGUCUCUGUGUGGACUGAUCUUCACCUUCAUCCUCUUCAUUGCUGUCAGUGUCCCAAAAUCUGACCGCACCACAGUGCAUAAAAAUCUGAUAGUAGCUUUGGCUGCUGCGCAGUUUCUCCUCAUCUUCAGCUACUGGGCAUCUGCUAACCAGGAGCUGUGUUUGUUGGUGACGGCUCUCCUUCACCUGUUCUUCCUGGCCUCGUUCUGCUGGAUGCUGGUUGAAGGGCUGCUGCUCUGGAGCAAAGUCGUCUCUGUGAACAUCAGCGAGGACAGAAGAAUGAGAUUCUACUACGCCCUGGGCUGGGGUUUGCCAGUUGUCAUUGUCUCUGUAACCUUGACAGUGUCGCUGAAAAAGUACAAGGCGGAGCAGCACUGCUGGCUCAACACAGAGUCUGAUAUUAUUUGGGCUUUUGUGGGGCCUGUACUGUUUGUUCUAACGGUCAACACUGUGGUCUUGUGCCGGGUCGUCAUGGUAACCAUCUCUAGUGCACGGCGCCGGGCCAAAAUGCUGGCACCAAGCUCCGCCUCCAAAUCAAAGCCCCUGGAUCUGACCUGGGCGGCGACGCGGCCUGUCUUGAUUCUGAUGCCGGUUCUGGGUCUCACGUGGCUGUGUGGUGUCCUGGUGCACCUGUCUGUGGUUCUGGCCUACCUGUUUGUUUCACUUAAUGCCUUCCAGGGUUUGUACAUAUUCCUGGUGUAUGCGGUUUACAACAGCGAGGUGCAGAACGCUAUAAAGAGAAUUCAGGAGAAGAGGAAAGCUCUGUCAUUUACUAAUUGCUCUCAGCCAAUCAGCUUCUUGCCAACUCAGAGGACCCCUGGUGCAUCAUGGGUAGACAGCUUGCCUACCCCUUCCAGCCCAGAGAGCAGUAGCUCCAGUCACAUGACCAUCUCCACAGCCAGCUCGUUCGUCAUUAAGAACGAAAGUUUUGGAAAUGACAAACCUGUAAGCUUCUCAUUAAAACCGACUUUGGAAAAUCCAGCGGUUCAGCUCAUGGCCUUCAAACCCUCAGCCUGUUGAAGACAGGACACUGGUGGACUACACAUGCAGCUGACACACACACACACACACACACACACACACACGCACACGGCGAAGCAGCUGGAGAAGAGCCGGCCUCUCCCACACUGCAGUCCCCCUCGUUCCCAGGGUUAAAGUGAAACAGUGCCGUGUGUGUGUGUGUGUGUGUGUGUGCGUGUGGGAUAAAACAGCAGACGGUGCCGAAGUUCUUCUGGGAUUCUCCUCUUCACUCUUCACAGAACUCACACUGCUGAACCUGAAGCGUAGUUAGUGUUAGGAGUGGACACACACAGCGAGUCCCACCGCGCCGUACCUUCAGACCAGACGGCUUCAGCUGUCAGUGAGACGCUUUAACCGUGACUGUAGCUGAGUAGGUUAACGUAGAUACGCUGGACUGUCACCACACACUGACGUACGACACACUGACGUACGACACACUGACGUACGACACACUUUAGUCCUGUGUGACGUGACCGUACCGACGCCUGCUUACUGGAGCAGAGCAUGACAUAGGAAUUAUUUGCAUUAGCGAGGUGUUGGUGCACAAAAAGUAGUUUAUAGAAAACUAAGUUUGUUUGCCAUUUUUUGGGUGUAUGAUCUGAGGAAACAAUAGAGAUGUGAUUUUAUUUCUGUUCCAAAUCUGAUAGAUGUAAAUUAUAUGGGGAUUUUUUUUCAAUGUCAGAAAAAAAAAUCGUGAAUUGCUUUGACAAUAAUGAAAAACACUGUAAAUAAACCUGUAACUGUAAAACUUCAA